UUAUGAGCUGUAGUUUCAUUCAUAUAGGUUUAUUGUUCUCAUUUUUCCCCAUUCUCUCUUCUUCUUCGUCCCUAAUGCUGUAAUUCUCUAUCUCUCUCUAGGUACAUUCUCUUUCUCUCUCUACCCUUCAUCAACCAUAUUCCUCAUCUCAAUCACCCCUUACCCCUUUCACUUCUUCGUUCGAAGCUUUUCCAUUCAUAACCUUGACCCUUUCUAGGGUCUAGGUUCAAUUCUCUUCACCCUUUUCAACCAGCUUCGAUUUUCACUACCCUUUUGUUCAUUGAUUUCAUUGCAAUUCGUUUUAAAUGCAUCUGAUUUGCGGUUUCAACCAUAUAGCUUGAGCUCAAGGUGUUGAAUUUGGUGUGACUCUUUUGAAAUAUGAGCCGUAGAGUGAGGAGGAAAGUGGCAAGAAAAGGCAAAGGAAAUGCGGUUUCGAGUUGCCCGGAAAUUCAAGACGAGGUAGCGGAUUUGGAAGCGGGAGGAGUUGUUGAUUGGAGGUGUUUGCCUGAUGAUACAGUAAUUCAGCUAUUGUCAUGUUUGAGUUAUCGCGAUCGAGCUAGUUUAUCAGCAACUUGUAAGACAUGGAGGGUUCUCGGUAACUCUCCGUGUUUGUGGAGUUCUUUGGAUCUUCGUUCGCACAAGUUUGAUGCCAAUGUUGCAGCUUCACUUGCUUCUAGAUGCGUGCAUCUUCAGAAGCUUAGGUUUCGUGGCGCGGAUUCUGCUGAUGCAUUACUUUAUCUUCGAGCUAAGAAUUUAUGCGAAAUAAGUGGUGACGGUUGCAGGAAGAUGACUGAUGCAACUCUUGCUGUGGUUGUGGCACGGCAUGAGUUACUUGAGAGUCUUGUGCUUGGACCAGAUUUUUGUGAUAAAGUCACUAGUGAUGCUAUACGAGCAAUAGCUCAUUGCUGUCCAAGUUUGAUGAAACUCAGGCUCUCGGGCAUUAGGGAUGUGAAUGCCGAUGCUAUUAAUGCAUUGGCUAACUAUUGUCCAAAGUUGACCGAUAUCGGGUUCAUCGACUGCCUGAGUGUUGACGAGCUUUCAUUGGGAAAUGUGCAAUCGGUUCGUUUCCUUUCUGUUGCGGGGACACCAAAUAUGAAGUGGAGUGUGGUUACGAAUCUUAAGCUUCCUAACCUGAUUGGAUUAGAUGUUUCAAGAACUGAUAUCGGUCCGUCUGCUGUUUCAAGAUUGUUAUCCUCAUCACCAAGUUUGAGGGUUUUGAUUGCUUUGAAUUGUCCUAUCCUUGAAGAAGAGACUAGCUUUUCUGCUAGUAAAUAUAAGAACAAGUUGUUGAUUUCCCUAUCAACCGAUAUUUUUAAAGGACUAGCUUCUUUAUUUUCUGAUAAUACAAAUAGAGGAAAGAAUGUGUUCUUGGACUGGAGGACUUCAAAGACUUACAAUGAUAAGGGCCUUGAUGAAAUCAUACCUUGGCUUGAAUGGAUGCUAUCCCAUAUACUUUUGCGUUCUGCUGAGAGCCCUCAACAGGGUGGUCUUGAUAAUUUUUGGGUUGAACAAGGCGCCUCCCUCUUGCUUAGUCUUAUGCAGAGUUCUCAAGAGGAUGUUCAGGAGAGGGCGGCCACAGGUCUUGCAACUUUUGUUGUAAUUGAUGAUGAAAAUGCUAGCAUCGAUUGUGGAAGGGCUGAAGCAGUUAUGCGAGAUGGUGGUAUACGCCUCCUUCUUGGCCUUGCAAAAUCAUACAGGGAAGGGCUUCAGUCUGAGGCAGCUAAGGCUAUUGCAAAUUUGUCCGUGAAUGCCAAUGUAGCCAAGGCGGUUGCUGAAGAGGGCGGGAUUGAGAUCCUCGCUAGUUUGGCUAGGUCAAUGAACAAACUGGUGGCUGAAGAGGCUGCUGGAGGAUUAUGGAAUCUCUCUGUUGGAGAAGAGCACAAGGGUGCCAUUGCAGAAGCUGGUGGAGUACAAGCUUUAGUGGAUCUUAUAUUCAAGUGGUCCUCUACUGGAGAUGGAGUAUUGGAACGUGCAGCCGGUGCAUUGGCUAAUUUGGCUGCUGAUGACAAGUGCAGUACAGAGGUUGCGUUAGCAGGAGGUGUACAUGCUCUAGUGAUGCUCGCUCGUCACUGCAAAUUCGAGGGAGUGCAAGAGCAGGCUGCUCGUGCAUUAGCAAAUUUAGCUGCUCAUGGAGAUAGCAACAGUAACAAUGCUGCUGUUGGACAAGAAGCAGGUGCUCUCGAGGCUCUUGUUCAACUUACGCGUUCUGCCCAUGAGGGUGUCAGGCAAGAAGCUGCUGGUGCACUUUGGAAUUUGUCAUUUGACGAUAGAAAUCGAGAGGCCAUUGCAGCAGCUGGUGGAGUUCAAGCUUUGGUUACUCUUGCUCAAUCCUGUUCUAAUGCUUCCGCUGGUCUUCAAGAGAGGGCUGCUGGUGCGCUAUGGGGAUUGUCAGUUUCUGAAGCCAACAGCAUUGCCAUUGGACGAGAAGGAGGCGUUGCACCUCUGAUUGCACUGGCACGAUCCGAAGCGGAGGAUGUUCAUGAAACGGCUGCAGGAGCGCUAUGGAAUCUUGCUUUCAACCCUGGUAAUGCUUUACGAAUAGUGGAGGAAGGUGGAGUAGCUGCACUUGUUGAGCUCUGCUCUUCAUCAGUGUCAAAAAUGGCACGAUUUAUGGCGGCACUGGCUUUGGCUUACAUGUUUGAUGGGAGAAUGGAUGAAUUUGCUUUAGUCGGCACCAUGUCAGAGAGUGUUUCUAAGAGUGUGGGCUUGGAUGGAGCCAGAAGAAUGGCUCUGAAACACAUUGAAGCAUUCGUCCGUAUGUUUUCUAAUCAACAAGCAUUUGCAGCUGCCGCUUCAUCGUCAGCUCCUGCAGCACUAGCACAGGUUACUGAAAGUGCUCGCAUUCUAGAAGCCGGACAUCUGAGAUGCAGUGGUGCUGAAGUUGGAAGAUUUGUUACUAUGCUAAGAAAUCCAUCGUCUAUACUCAAAGCUUGUGCAGCAUUUGCUCUUCUCCAGUUUACGAUUCCUGGUGGACGACACGCUGUGCACCAUGCCAGCCUGAUGCAGAAAGCAGGUGCAGCAAGAGUUCUCCGCAGUGCAGCCGCUGCAGCAACUGCGCCUCUUGAAGCAAAAAUCUUUGCCAGGAUUGUUCUUCGUAAUCUCGAGUAUCACCAUAUAGAGCAUGCUGUGUAGAUCAAAUGCAUCUGUUGUUUAAACUGUUCAUUUUCUAAAACCAUAUUGAACAUUGUGAAUCUGUGAUAUUUUUCACAUGGACACAAUUCACCAACUUGCCAUAAGAACACUGCUCACUGAUCUUUGUUGAAAGUGAAGCGAGUUAUAAAUUGACAAGGUGGUUCUCUUUAUCUAUGAACUUUUUUUUUUUUAGAACUUCUUAGUGAAGUGUUCUUAUAUGUUGAGAUGUAUUUCUAGCUCUUUUGUAACAAUAUUUUGAUGUCAAGGCUAAACUAGACUUAGGCAAAUUGGUAUAAAUUCUAUGGCCUUGAUGAUUAAUUUUUAUGUAUUAUUUAUGUACUAUUAUGAGUUUAGAGUUAUUUUAAGAGAUUUACUAAAGGUGUUUGGCUUA